AUGUCUGGCAAGAGUGAACUCCCAGUCGAUAGCCGGUACGUCUCGAGUGGCUCCGACAACUCCGAGCCAGAGUAUGCGGCUACUACAACAGGUCGUGGAGGGGAAGCUUUUGAGGCUUUGACGAAUCGCGUCUCGGGCGGCGAUGCGACGUUUGACCAGACGGAGGAUCCGCGCUAUUACAAGCCCAUUGAAUCCUAUGAAGGUAUUCACCGAUGGGAUCCCGAGUUUGAGUGGGAGGAAUGGGAGGAGAAAAAGAUCGUUCGAAAGAUUGACCUGCGAAUAUGUACAUUCGCAUGCCUGACAUUCUUCGCCCUGCAGCUCGACAGAGGCAAUCUCGUCCAAGCCACUUCGGACAACAUGUUGACUGACCUAGGCCUAACGACCAACAACUAUAACACCGGUAACACCAUAUUUUUGGUGUGCUUUCUCUUUGCCGAACUGCCGUCUCAGCUCAUCUCCAAAAGACUUGGACCAGAUCGCUGGAUUCCGAUUCAGAUGGUCUGUUGGAGUCUGAUCGCAUCAUGCCAGGCUUUUCUCACCGGUCGCUCGACAUUCUACGCUACUCGCGCUUUGUUGGGGUUGUUUGAAGGUGGAUUCAUUCCCGACACCAUCCUGUUCCUGUCUUAUUGGUACAAAUCAAAAGAGCUACCUAUCAGACUCAGCUUCUUCUGGUCAGCCUACGAAUUUACAGCCAUCGUCGGCGCCUUCCUGGCCUUUGGCUUCCUCCACAUUCACACUGAUACUGGAAAGGGUCAAUGGCGAUACCUAUUUGCGUUGGAAGGUCUCAUCACUGGCGUCAUCGGCAUCUUCGCCGCAUUCUACAUGCCUGCCUCCCCCACGCAGACAGCAGGCGGCCUUCGUGGAAAAGGUUGGUUCUCCGAGCGCGAAGAGAAAAUUAUGGUCAACAGAGUCAUUCGCGACGAUCCAAGCAAAGGCAGCAUGCACAACCGACAAGCCAUCACACCCAAAUUGCUUCUAGAAGCUCUGUACGACUAUGACAUGUGGCCUAUUUACAUCCUGGGUCUUGUAUGGCUGAUCCCCACGAACCCCGUAAACUCCUACCUCAGUCUGGAAUUGAGGUCCCUCGGUUUCGGCACAUUCCAAACUAACUUGCUCACCAUCCCGGCGUACACCAUAUUUAUCAUCAAUCUCGGACUAUUCACCUGGCUAUCUGAGAAAUUGAAUCAACGACUGUUACUCGGCGCGUUCGCAGAGAUUUGGAACUUGACCUUCCUUAUUGCCCUCGAGGUUUUACCACGAGACAAAAGCGCUUGGGCUCGCUACGCCUUGUUGAUCCUGUUGAUUGGAAGCCCAUAUAUGCAUGCCGCAGUCGUAGCCAUGACUUCACGAAACUCGGGCUCUGUGCGGACACGAACUGUGGCAUCGGCUGUGUACAAUAUGGCAGUACAGACCAGUAGUAUCAUUGGAGCAAAUAUAUACCGGAGUAACGACGCGCCUCUCUAUCUCAGGGGUAACAAGGUUCUCAUAGGCCUUGCCGCUUUCAGUCUGUUCUUGUUCUUGUUUGCCAAAGUAUACUACGAUCUAAAGAAUUACUACCGAGCACGAAAGUGGAAUGCCAUGAGCAGCGAGGAACGAGACGCAUAUCUGGCUGCUAACAAGGAUAGUGGAAACAAGAGAUUGGAUUUUAGAUUCAUUUCAUAA